GGAGUACUGCCAGAGGGUGCUGCGGAAGCCAGCGCAGGACUGCUCCGCAUACACACUGUCCUUUGACACCACGGUUUUCAUCAUAGAGAGCAUGCGCCGGCGGGUGGCGGUGGAGGCCGUGCUGGAGAACAGGGGCGAGAACGCCUACAGCACAGUCCUAAAUAUCUCACAGUCAGCAAAUCUGCAGUUUGCCAGCUUGAUCCAGAAGGAGGACUCCGACGGCAGCAUCGAGUGCGUGAACGAGGAGAGGAGACUCCACAAGAAAGUCUGCAAUGUCAGCUACCCCUUCUUUCGGGCCAAGGCCAAGGUGGCUUUCCGUCUAGAUUUUGAGUUCAGCAAAUCCGUCUUCCUGCACCACCUGGAGAUCCAGCUCACCACGGGCAGUGACAGCGAAGAGCAGGACAGCACCAAGGAAGACAACAUGGCCCUACUACGUUUCCAUCUCAAAUAUGAGGCCGAGGUGCUCUUCACCAGGAGCAGCAGCCUGAGCCACUACGAGGUCAAGCCCAAUAGCUCUCUGGACAGAUAUGAUGGCACUGGGCCUCCUUUCAACUGCAUUUUCAAGAUCCAGAACCUGGGCUUGUUCCCUGUCCAUGGGGUGAUGAUGAAGAUCACGGUUCCCAUUGCCACCAGGGGUGGCAACUUCAAGACAAAUCACAGCAACUCUGAUGUAAUCUCCAUCAGCUGCAACGUGAGGCUGGCCCCCAAUCAGGAAAUCAGUUUCCGCCUGCUGGGGAACCUGUGGCUGAGGUCCCUAAAAGCACUCAAGUACAAGUCUAUGAAAAUCACGGUCAAUGCCGCCUUGCAGAGACAGUUUCACAGUCCCUUCAUCUUCCGCGAGGAGGAUCCCAGCCGCCAGCUCGGCUUCUUUAAAAGUGCCAAGCGCAGGAAGGAGCCUGGCCUGGAACCCACCAGCAAAGUGUUGGAGUGAGGCUCCGGAGGAGGCUUCGAGUUGAUGGGGGCCAGGAUACCAGUCCAGGCGGAGUACAGGCCCAGGCCUGUGGCCCCACGGAGCUGGGGCGGAGAGGAUGCCAGCUGGCUUUGCACUUGACCUCAUCUCCUGAGCAAUGGCUCCUGCUCCCUCUGGAAUGGAACUCAAGCCAGUUUUAAGAGGAACCGCCCUACAGAGAAGCUGGGACACCUCCAACACAGAUCCCUAGGGAUUUAAAGGGAUUCCCUCCAAGGCCUUCCCCAGGCUCUGCGGAGGGCAUUUGCUGCCCCAAACACUAAGGUGCUAGCAAUUUGUAAUGUUCCCCAGCCUCCAAAGAAACCCAAGGAGGAAGAGUGUAAAUACAAACCACAAAUACACACACUGCAGGCCUCUAGUUCCAAAAGAAUCC